CCUGUGGCCAGCAGCUCUGCAGCGCUCGGCUCUGCUCCACUCUGCUUAGCUCCGCUCCACUCCAGGAAGGCCACCUCCUCCCUGCCCUCCUCCACCCUCCUCCUGCUGUCACCACUCACCGCUCAUAGCCUUGAAGGGGUGGGGACCCCAGGCCUGGACACACCCCACUGUGGCCCCAGAGCCUAGCUGGUCGGACGGACGCACGGUUGGACGCAGGACCCCGGAGCCCCGAGGUGGGCAGUGUGCCAGGGUCCCUCACAGCCUCCUCAAGCGCCACCCAGGCUAUGGGCAUCAAGACAGCGUUGCCUGCGGCGGAGCUGGGCUUAUACUCCCUGGUGCUGAGUGGGGCUCUGGCCUAUGCUGGUCGGGGCCUCCUUGAAGCUUCACAAGAUGGGGCCCACCGGAAGGCCUUCCGGGAGUCUGUGCGACCUGGCUGGGAGUACAUUGGCCGGAAGAUGGACGUGGCUGACUUCGAGUGGGUGAUGUGGUUCACCUCCUUCCGCAACGUCAUCGUCUUCGCCCUUUCUGGACACGUGCUAUUUGCUAAACUCUGCACAAUGGUUGCCCCCCAGCUCCGUUCCUGGAUGUAUGCCGUGUAUGGGGCCCUGGCUGUGCUGGGCACAAUGGGCCCUUGGUACCUGCUGCUACUGCUUGGCCACUGUGUCAGCCUCUACUUGGCCUCACUCUUGGGCCAACCCUGGCUCUGUCUUGGCCUCAGCCUGGCCAGCCUUGCCUCCUUCAAGCUGGAUCCCCUAAUCUCCUGGCAGAGCGGGUUGGUAACAGGCACUUUUGAUCUUCAAGAGGUGCUGUUUCACGGGGGCAGUGGUUUCACAGUACUGCGUUGUGCCAGCUUCGCGCUGGAGAGCUGUGCCCACCCUGACCGCCGCUACUCCCUAGCUGACCUGCUCAAGUACAACUUCUACCUGCCUUUCUUCUUCUUUGGGCCCAUCAUGACCUUUGAUCGCUUCCACACCCAGAUGAGCCAGGUGGAGCCGGUGAGGCGCGAGGGUGAGCUGUGGUGCAUCCGGGCCCAGGCCGGCCUCAGCGUCGUGGCCAUCAUGGCCGUGGACAUCUUCUUCCACUUCUUCUACAUCCUCACCAUCCCCAGUGACCUCAAGUUUGCCAACCGCCUCCCGGACAGCGCCCUCGCUGGCUUGGCCUACUCAAACCUGGUGUACGACUGGGUGAAGGCUGCCGUCCUCUUCGGCGUGGUCAACACCGUGGCGCGCCUUGACCACUUGGACCCACCUCAGGCUCCCAAGUGCAUCACAGCGCUCUAUGUCUUCGCUGAAACGCACUUUGACCGUGGCAUCAACGACUGGCUUUGCAAGUACGUGUAUGACCACAUUGGUGGGGAGCACUCCGAGGUGAUCCCAGAGCUGGGGGCCACUGUGGCCACAUUUGCCAUCACUACUCUGUGGCUUGGACCUUGUGAUAUCGUUUACCUAUGGUCAUUCCUGAACUGCUUUGGCCUCAACUUUGAGCUCUGGGCGCAGAAGCUGGCAGAGUGGGGGCCUCUAGCACAAAUUGAGGUGAGUGGGAAAUGUUGGGGGCAGGGUUUGGCUGAGUCACUGGAGGGGGUGGCAUUGCUGCUCUCUGGGAUCUUCCAGCCACAUGUGGAGUUUCUGAAGAGUUCUCAGUCCAGAACUUUCUCACCACGACUUCCUGGCUAUCAGGGCAAUGGCUCCCCCUGUGGGUAUCUAGCACCCCUUUCUGUGGAGUGUGGACACCUGGGCCAGGCUGGGUGGUCAGUAUUCCCAUCUUUAACAAUGAGGGAGGGCUGCCCUGGGGACUCUCAGGGACCCAAGCUCAACCCCAGGACCUGGGGUAGCCAUGAGGGCAGGGUCUCUGACCCACCGUGUCCUCUUUCCCCUGGCCCUCUUGCCGAUGCCUUCCUGAACUGGGCAGGCUUCUCUGUCGGAGCAGAUGUCUCGCAGGGUCCGAGCUCUCUUUGGGGCCGUGAACUUCUGGGCCAUCAUCAUGUACAACCUUGUAAGCCUGAACAGCCUUGAGUUCACAGAGCUGGUCGCCAGGCGCCUGCUACUCACAGGCUUCCCCCAGACUACUCUGGCUGUCCUGUUCGUCACCUACUGUGGUGUCCAGCUAGUGAAGGAACGAGAGCGAACCCUGGCGCUAGAAGAGGAGCAGAC